AAGCGGCCGGGCCAGGGAUGGGUGCUGGUGCGCCCUCUCCUCUCUCCGCUUCCCCUUGCUGCGGGAGCCGGAGAGAGGAGGAGAAGCUCCGUUUCGGGGGCGCUGCCCGCCGGUGACGUGAGGCGGGCGUUCUGCCCACCGGGCGGGACUUGCGGGGAACUGGAAAGUGAAACUUUGCGGGGAAUUGGGAGGGAAGCGCUGCUGGGUGUACGGGACAGUGAGCGGCGGCUCCCGAGCUGUGCGGACAGCGCAGCGCAGCAUCGCCCGUGUUCGGCCGCAGGAGCGCCGCGGUCCCCAGCGCCAGCGCUGCCCUCAACCCGGAGAGCUGGAACAGAGCCGGGGCACUCCCGGGCCGGGCGAUGGAGGGUCCUCGGCAGGAGCCUCACGCCCGACACCCCCGAGCUGGAGCGAGAGGUCAUGCACUUCAUUUGGACACUGACUUUAUAGGAAGAGGCAGAAACAGAACAAAUAAUGUACCAUGCCAGGCACCUCAGUUAGGGGAAGACCUCCAAGACAGUAAUUAUACUCUUCUUGAGCAAAGAGAAGACAGGUUUGGUGGUUGGAUUUCGAAGGUUCCUGAAUCAAAUAAGAAUAAACCAAGGAUUCAAGGUGAACAGGCCAACAGUGAAGCCACAGGAUUCUGGACUAAACAGGAGAAUGAGGGAUGGAGAAUGAGGCAUCAAGGUGGGCAAACACAUGAGAGGGGCAGAGGACCCUGGCAUGAGCAAUAUGCAUUUAGAGGAGGAACGUGUCAGCUUGGACAAGCCCGUGAGAGGACCAGAGGACCCUGGAAUGAGCAAGAAAAUGGAGGCAGGGGAAGGAGGUAUCAAGGUGGACAAGCUCAGGGUGGAACUAGAGGGAGAGGGCUGAGGAGUGGGUGGGAAAAUGAAGGUAGCACAUGGAGGAGGCAACCUAGGGAGAAUCCUCAUUUCUACGAGAAUGCCACCCCAGGUGGUGGCCACCACAGUGAGCAGCCUUGGCAAGCCAGAAGGAUUGGCUAUAAAUUCCUUGAAAGUCUCCUUGAGAAAGACCCCUCAGAAGUUGUCAUCACACUUGCUUCCAGUUCCGGGUUGAAGGAGCUUCUUUCCCAAACAACUAUGAACCACAAUUUCGUUCAGCUCAUUUGCCAGGUGCUUCAAAAAGUAUGCGGUUGCCAAAUGGAUAGACGGAAUGUCCAACACAUUCUUGGAGUUGUGAAGGAGUCCAACUUUCUCAAGAUCUGUCUCCCACAGUAUGUGUCUGACAUGGUAACAGAAGUAGUUCCUGCUGUACGCCAUGAGUACCCUAAGCAUAUCAGCAACAUCAUUUUACUUCUUGAGCACCUGAUAAGUACUUUCCCUGCCAGCUCUGUGCAGAAAGUUUCCAUUCUCUUGACAGUCUUGACAUCAUCCAUAGAUGCCCUGAGAGCUUUUGGUGUGGACAUCACAGAAGACACAGAGAAGAAUCUCAGUAAGGUCCAGAUGCUCAUGAAGCAUCUGCAGGAGAAGAGACGUGAAGGCACGCUGAGGGUUGAUAAGUGUACAUUUAUGAAGCCUCAAGAUGGGAAAGAAGAAAGCUACCGUAUCAUGAGCAUUUAUCCAACAUAUGAUGAGAUACAUGGUAAUGAGAAACCUUUUCUACGUCCCAAUUUUGUUUUUGGAAGAUAUGAAAGCGCCAGUAUUUAUCUUGACACCCACUUCCGACUUUUGAGAGAAGACUUUGUAAGGCCUUUAAGGGAAGGUAUCGUGGAGGUUUUGCAGAACCUCCAGGGCAGAAAUUUGACAAAGAAAAAAUUUGAUGAUAUCAGGAUUUACUUUGAUGCACGGAUUAUUGCUCCAUGUUGUACCUCAACUGGUAUUGCUCACAAGGUCCAGUUUGACACAAAACCACUGAGGUUUGUCCAGUGGAAGAAUUCUAAACGACUGCUAUAUGGAUCCCUAGUCUGCAUGUCCCAAGAUCACUUUGAAACGUUCCUUUUUGCCACUGUUUCUAAUCGUAAUGCUGAAGAACUUGUCAAUGGGUUUGUGGAGCUGUGUUUUGAUGCAGCCAGCCGGCCCCUGCUGGCAGACAUUCAACCCUCAGACUCUUUCCUCAUGGUAGAGACAACUGCCUACUUUGAGGCCUAUCGGCAUGUGUUAGAAGGGUUGCAGAAAAUGCGGGAAGAAGAUAUCCCAUUCCAGAAGUACAUUGUGGAAUGUAAUGUACAGGUGAAGGAGCCAGCAUACCUGACAGGGGAUACUGCCUACAACUUUGCACCCUUGGUGAAGACUUCAUUUGGAGAGGAGUGCCCUGAUAGCUUGGAAAGAGUCCACAUUCUAGAUCCCGAUCAAUGGCUUUCAAUGGAAGCUUUGAAAUUAGAUGAGUCUCAGAUUCAGGCAUUGAAUCUUGCACUCACCAAGGAGUUGGCUGUUAUCCAAGGACCUCCUGGCACUGGGAAGACUUAUGUGGGUUUGAAGAUUGUUCAGGCUCUCUUGACUAAUGAUGUCGUGUGGCAAGACACACACCAGAAACGUCCCAUCCUUAUAGUCUGCUACACUAACCAUGCACUGGAUCAAUUCUUAGAAGGAAUACUCUCAUUUGAAGAAGAUGGGAUAGUGCGUAUUGGGGGCAGGAGUAGCAGUACAGCCUUGCACAGAUUCACCUUGAAGGAGCUGAGGAAGCUUCCCUACACAUUUGACUUCCCAGGCUACCUCUCCAGAGACUAUGAAAAGGUAAUGAGUGAGAUGAGAAGGGCUGAGCAGAAUCUCCUUGAAAGAGCAAAGCAGUUGGAGUGCACGACCCUGGGAGUUCUGCAUGCGCGCUACUUGAAACAGCACAUGGCACCUCAGCACUGGGCCAGCCUGACAAUGACUAUGGAGAACACUGAGCUUUACGACAUUAGUUCACGACGCUCAUUGAUUCUGGAGUGGCUGGGACUUGGUGUAUCUGCCUUCACUCAGAAUGCUGCAGAGAAUAUAUGGGCUGAAAAUCCAGGUGGUCAGCAGGAAAGAGAGGAGGAGGAGGGUGUAGAUGAAGCAGAAGAGCUUUUGGAGAUCCCAGAGAUGGCUGACCUGAUUGAAGCUGAGAGAGUGAUUGAGGAUGAAAAGAUAGGAAACCCUAGGAGAAGAAAGGAGGAAGAUAACAUACCUCUUCGGGCGCUACCCUGUACCAUGUUGGCUAUGGAGCUGGACCAGGAAGAGGAAACAGCUCAACAACGAUGGGAGACCACGCAGUGGGAGAUAACUCCUGGCCAGAGGAGAAAAAUUAAGCAAAAGGUGAAGGUUGAGCUCCUUAAACAGAACACAAUGACAGAGUUAGAGGCCAAUGCUAUUCAGGAUGUGUGGCAGCUUGACCUGAGGUCCCGCUGGAGACUUUACAGGCUUUGGCUGAAGACUUACCAGGGUUUUAUUCGAGAGGAUAUUCUGAGGUAUGAACAGCAGUAUCAGGCAGCAGCAGAAAGACUGGAAGAACUGAGGCUGGAGCAAGAUCUCUGCAUUCUCAAUAAUGCCAGAAUUGUGGGGAUGACAACUACAGGUGCUGCAAAAUACCAACGGAUCUUGCGGUUCAUAGAGCCGCGAAUUGUCAUUGUAGAGGAGGCAGCAGAGGUGCUUGAGGCUCACACCAUUACUACUCUGAGUAAAGACUGCCAGCACCUCAUCCUCAUUGGAGAUCACCAGCAGUUGCAGCCUAGUGCAAAUGUAUAUGACCUGGCCAAGAACUUCAACCUUGAAGUCUCUCUCUUUGAACGUCUGAUCAAAGUGGAUUUCCCCUUUGUCUGUCUAAAGUACCAACACCGCAUGCGCCCUGAAAUUGCCCAACUUAUCAGCCCUCAUAUAUACCAGAAGCUGGAGAACCAUCCCUCUGUCCUGGAAUAUGAGAAUAUAAAAGGUGUCUCAACUAAUGUCUUCUUUGUGGAACAUGAAGUUCCUGAACAAGAGAUUCAGGAAGGGAAAAGUCACCAGAACCGACAUGAGGCCCACUUUGUAGUGGAACUGUGCAAAUACUUCUUGUUUCAGGGCUAUGAACCUUCUCAGAUCACCAUUCUCACUACUUACACUGGACAGCUCUUCUGUCUGCAAAAACUCAUGCCAGUAAAGGUCUUUGAAGGUGUGAAGGUUCAUGUAGUAGAUAAGUACCAGGGAGAGGAGAAUGAUAUUAUUCUGCUAUCACUGGUGCGGAGCAACGAAGAGGAGAGACCUGGGUUCUUGCAGAUCCCUAAUCGGAUAUGUGUGGCAUUAUCCAGAGCUAAGAAAGGGCUCUAUUGUAUUGGAAACAUGAGAAUGCUUGCCAAGGUUCCUCUCUGGAACAAGAUCAUUCAAACACUUAGGAAGAACGGUCAUAUUGGCAAGUCAUUGGAGCUUUGCUGUCAAAACCACCCUGAAAUCAAGACACAGGUAUCUGCAGGUGAAGACUUCAACAGCGUCCCGGAGGGAGGCUGUACUCGUCCCUGUGAGUUUAGGUUGAGUUGUGGACAUGUUUGCCCAAGGGCAUGUCACCCAUAUGACCUGGAGCACAAAGACUACCAGUGCCUGAAGCCUUGUCAAAAGGUGCUUUGUGCAGAUGGGCACCGCUGCCCAAAGUCAUGUUAUGAGCCCUGUGGAAAAUGUAUGGUGAAGGUAGAGAAAACUAUUUCUAAGUGUGGCCACACACAGAUGGUUCCAUGCCAUAUGCCAGUGUGGCAAUUUAAGUGCCUAGAACCUUGCCAGAAGAAGUUAAACUGUGGACACUCAUGCAGGAAUUCCUGCGGGGAGCGAUGCACGGUGCGAUGUCCUGUAGAGGUUACAGCUACAUUGAAAUGUGGCCACAAGCAGGAAGUUUUUUGCUGGAUGACUAGCAUGGGAAAUGAGGAAGCUGUGAAAUGUGAGAUGAAGUGUUCUGUCACACUGGCAUGUGGUCAUGUAUGUUCAGGAUCCUGUCAUACUUGCUAUGGAGGAAGAUUUCAUAAGGCAUGUGACAGCCCAUGCAGGCGUGUCUUGAUCUGCUCCCACAAGUGUCAAGAGCCUUGUACUACAGAAUGUCCUCCUUGCCAAAAGGAAUGUCAGAACUACUGUAUUCACAGUAAGUGCAGAAAGAAAUGUUGGGAAAGCUGUGUUCCUUGUGCUGAGCCGUGUGAGUGGCAGUGCCAGCACUACCAGUGUACCAGCCUUUGCUCUGAGCCGUGCAACAGGCCUCGCUGCAAUGUUCCCUGUGCUAAGAUGCUGCCCUGUGGUCAUCCCUGUGUCGGAUUUUGUGGAGAGCCCUGCCCAAAGAAGUGCCUUGUUUGUGACCAUGAGGAACUCACUCAGAUCUUUUUUGGCUUUGAGGAUGACCCAGAUGCUCGAUUUGUACAGCUUGAAGACUGUGGCCAUGUCUUUGAGUCGCAAGGCCUUGACCACUAUAUGGAUGAAGAUGACGAUGUUGUCAAGCUGAAGGUAUGCCCUUUGUGUCAGACACCGAUCAGAAAGAACCUGAGAUAUGGCACCAGUGUGAAAAGGCAGGUGGAGGAGAUAGAACGGGUGAAACAGAAAAUCCAAGGCCCAGCACAGGAAAUUGAGUCUAAAAGACAGAGGCUGCGGGCUGUACUGAAGCAGAAUAUUGAUCUGAGGAUUUAUCUAUAUGAUACAAAUUGUGGCUGGCUGGUACAUAAACUAGAAUCUUCUGCUCACUCCACAAAGAGUAUUGGACUAAUUGAGAACCUGCUUAAUUUCCAUGAACGUGUAGCAGACUUGACUAGUUCUCUGAACAAAAUUGAUGAGAAUGAAAAGAAGGGGCUGAGAAAGAGGCUGGAUGAAGUCCAGCUGUGGUUGCGUAAGACGCGCACCAAUUUUACAGGACAGGAGCUCACUGACCUGCAGUCUGAGAUCCAGAGACUGACUUACUUGCUGAGCCUCUUGGCAAGGUGCAAAGCGAGUAGGAUGAUACCCACAGACAUUGCAGCAGAGAUUAAGAGUGCACGUGAGAUCCUGGAAGGGACAACGAAAUUCACAGAGGAGGAUGAGGAUGCAGUGAAGGCUCACCUGAAGAAGAUCAGUGCUGGCUUGCCCGUGUCAGGGCUAGGGAUUUCUGAAGCUGAGCGGGUACAGAUUGUCAGCGCUAUUGGCUGUCCCCGUGGCCACUGGUUCAAGUGCAAAAAUGGACAUAUCUAUGUAAUUGGGGAGUGUGGAGGGGCAAUGCAGAAGAGUACGUGCCCUGAAUGCCAUGAAGUCAUUGGCGGCACGAACCACACUCUGGAGAGCAGCAACAGCCUGGCCCCGGAGAUGGACGGGGCAACCCACGCGGCCUGGUCCGAUGUAGCCAACAACAUGCUCAACUUCGAGGAUCUCCUCCGGCUAAUGUAGUGGGGUGCGAGCCUUGCUUCUUAUCACAGACGCGCAACCAGGGGCACAGCCCCACUGCUUUCCCCGUUUGCUUGAUCAUCAAUAAAUUUGUGUGUAUCGCUGCGAA